AUGCCGGCCCCGUAUUCCGACAACCUGUACUCCGCCGACGACUCCGACUUUGACGAAGUCCCGGACGACAGCCUCGACGCCCACCUCUCGCCCACAGACGGCUACUUCCAAAGCAGCACUUCAUUGUCAGCCGGGGGAAUAUACCCUCCGCAGCAGCAAGAGUCUCAUUUCCACAACAGCGAGGACAACGUCACUGACGCGACGACGUUCCCCACGUCCGCCGCCGUGCCGCAUGUGCCCAACGUUCUCGUCCAAGACCCUUCACUGCUGCAGCGCGAGCAACAAGAGCAAGGCUCCUCGUCGUCAAAGAAGGACCGCGAAGCCAAGGAAGAGACAAGGUUGAACACAUCCUUCCAUCAACACCACCCCAACAACGACGACGACAACGUAGAAGCACAAUCACGUCACUAUUCCUCAACACACAGGAGGACCUCGUCAUCCGUCUCGGCCAUCGACGAUUUUUAUGACGACGGGGCCUCUUCUACCGCCGCAGACAGCGAGGCGACGCCAUCACAUACAACCUACACCUCCAACGUCCACUCCCAUUCCCACGCCGCCCAGAGCUCAUCGUCUUAUACGCCUUACUCGCCCUCCACAGACGCUCCACUGCGCACGCCCCAGACUCACUCGAGAUACUCCUCCAACAACCCGGCCUCUUUGUUUCGCAUCCCUAGCGAGGCACCACCCGCCUACACGCCAUCGCCCACGUCCCCGCUCUCGUCAUCACCCACAGAGUUUAGAAACUAUCAGACCUUCAACACCAUCUCGAGGACAGCCAACAACAACAACAUCAAUAUGGGCGCACCUGAAGAAGAGAGGCGCCUGCUUGGCCGCGACCCCGAGAGCAUGGGCGACGUGCCCUAUGAUGACAAUGACGACGACCAUGACCCUAGACCUCCGCCAUCGUGGAAGGACAGAGCUCUUAAGAAGUUCCCUUGGGCCUCGAGGCGGACGCUGAAGAUGGUGCUGCUUGCCGCCUUGGUCUUCUUCACCUUGACGGGAUUCCUUAGCAUGUUGGCCUCGACUGUGAUCAAUGCGCCAUCUGAAAAGUCUCCUGCCAAGGAGCCUCCCCAGCAAUAUGACCCCGUCACUGGACUGCCCAUCAAAGACGGAUCUCCCGUGCCAAGUGACCCCUCCAAACCCGCCGAGCCUGGCGAAGCCGUCCCUUGGCGUCCAUCGAGCACAUGCCUCCAAACCGAGCACCGCUUCGAGCCCAAGUUCUUCGACCUCACCUUCGCCGCCGACAAGGACAUCAGCGUUCUCCAGGCCGUCGAGAACAACUCCCCCUCCCGCGGCUACCAGCCCCAGGUCUCGGGCGACUUUGUGAUCCGCCGCCAGCAGGCCGGCCGCCCCGGUCCCUCAAUCGAGCUCGAGGUCGUCUCCAACGACCCGGCCCUGGACGUCUCCGUCGAGUGGAACUCGGAGCAGCAGCUCAUCAUCCGCACCCCGCAGCGCAUCGAAUGGACCCAGUCCCGCCGGCCCUGCAUGACCGUCCGCGCGACCGUCUGGGUCCCCGAGGGCGCCUCCCUCCGCCACAUCCUCCUCAUGGCCAUGAACCUCGACGUCCGCGUCGUCGACGACCUCUCCGUCAACCUCGCAGACGGCCUCGAGAUCGGCACAAUGUCCGGCGACGUCCACUCCCCCGUCGAGGUCCCCUCCACAUACCACCUCAACUCCCGCGACAUCCUCGUCAAGACCAUCUCGGGCGACAUCAUCGGCUCCUGGCCCCUCUACGACUCCCUGAAAAUCAACUCCGAAUCGGGCGACAUCAUCGCAAACGUCUCGCCCCAACAAGUCCUCGACUCCCGGCCCCGCCCGGCCGUCCUCGAAGUCGCCACCAUCUCGGGCGACAUCACCGUAAAAGAACCCCUCGCCGCCGCCGCGGAGAGCAGCAAACCCGACACCGUCGUCCCGCCGCGCGACUACAUCACCUCCAUCGACACCAAAUCCGGCUCCAUCAAGGCCUGGGUCGCCUUCUCGUCCGCCGCCGUCGCCGAGAGCAUCAGCGGCGACAUCGCCGCCGAGUUCCUCCCCGUCUACAACGUCAGCCUCCUCCAGGCCGUCGCGGAGCCCGAGCUGCACACAAAGACGAAAUCCGGCAACACGGCCGUGAAGAUCCUCGAGCCCAUCUGGGUCGAGAUCCUCGGCACUGAGGGCGCGUACGAGGGCGAGAAGCCGCGCGCGAACCCGGAUGAGCCCGUGGACAUACCGACGAACCCACUUCCUAUCCCGGAUAAGAUCCCGCGUAUGCCGGGCGUGCCGUUCACGCCCAUCGGCGCCGGACCGUGGAAGCGCAUCCCGCUGCCUGGCGGUCGACACUUGGACGACGCCUGGCGCGAGGUUCGUCGUCACCCGUUGGGCGAUGCCAUCACUGCAUCUUCUAAGCAGGAGCGCGCCGUCUCGAUCAAGGAUCAACCCCCCAUGCGCCACCUCAAGUCCUCGCACGGGUCCGUCAGCGGGAGCAUGGAGCUCAAGUACCCUGCCUCCUGGGAAGGCACCGUCGAGGCCGAGAGCAUCAGCGGCAAGAUCAACAUUCUCGGUAAAGACGUAAAGAUUGACAGCCGGACAAAGUGGCCCAAGGCCGUGCACGCUCACAAGGGCCAGGCGUGGAACUGUCAGGUUUCGUUGGGGAGUGUGUCUGGCGACGAGGUUCUCAUCAUCGGGGAGGAGAAGUAA